GACAAAACCCUACCCGCUAAAUUGAAUGAGAGUUGGCCCUGGUGCGGUGAGUACGAACCGGACGAAAACCAGCAGUUACCACGGCAUAGGCGGGUUGAUUAGGUUGAUUUAUAUUAUACGAACGCGGCACGCCUAUUUCAAACUAUGGUGCGAUUUAGUGAUAAGAUCUAGUUGGCAAAAUUGGAGUGGAUAAAUUUAAACACUGUCGUUUGAUAAGAGAAGGCGUGUUUUUCGAUAAAAAUACCGGCGGAAAUUUGUGUUGUCUUGUGUGGACCGAAGUUAGGUGCAUUUAUUCGGUACCGUAGGUGAUUCCUGUUAUUCUUCAGAUACCAAAAUGGCUCAUCUAGUUACAAGUGUGAUCGAUACAUACCAGGAUAUACUAGUGAAUAAAAGUGAUCCUCGAGUCAACGAUUGGGCGUUGAUGUCAAGUCCUGUCCCAACCAUCCUAAUUUGUAUGUUCUACGCGUACUUCUCGACAGUAUUAGGACCAAAAAUAAUGGAGAACAGGAAACCUUUCAAUCUCAGGAAUGUCCUGAUCAUCUACAAUCUAGUACAAACUAUUUUUAGUGCUUGGAUAUUUUAUGAGUAUCUGAUGAGCGGGUGGUGGGGAAGCUACAGCUUCCGUUGUCAGCCGGUCGACUAUUCAAACAGCCCAAUGGCUUUGAGGAUGGCUCGUACGUGUUGGUGGUACUAUUUUUCGAAAUUCACCGAAUUCACCGAUACGCUUUUCUUCAUUCUGAGGAAGAAAAAUGACCAUGUGUCGACUCUCCAUGUUAUACAUCAUGGGUGCAUGCCGUUCUCCGUGUGGAUGGGUUUGAAAUUUGCACCAGGUGGCCACAGUACUUUCUUCGCUCUGUUGAAUACCCUUGUACACAUAGUCAUGUAUUUCUACUACAUGGUAGCCGCCAUGGGACCCAAGUACCAAAAGUACAUCUGGUGGAAAAAAUACCUGACCACCUUCCAAAUGGUUCAGUUCGUCGCCAUCUUCAUCCAUCAGUUCCAGCUCCUCUUCACGGAAUGCAACUACCCCAAAGGCUUCAUGGUCUGGAUCGCCCUUCACGGCAUCAUGUUUUUGUUUUUAUUCUCCGACUUUUAUAAAGUCAAAUACACUAGCAACAAGAAGGCUGUGAAAAUAUCCAAUUUAGCUUGCAUGCAACUACUUGAUGACAAAUUACCAAACGGGAUCAAGAAAUCGAACAGCAACGGAACCCUCAACAACACCUACAUCAAGAGCGAGUACUCUGAUUCGUAUGAGGCGUGCUACUCCAACGGAAGCACAAAAGGUUUCGUAACGCAGUCCAUAGUGAAGACGACCAGCAAAAAAGUAGAAUAAAACUACAGUUUUGUAUAAUUUUUUAGGUUAUGAAAUCAAAUUUCACCGUAUUUUCAGCGCGCGACUUUAACAAAUGUCGUCUAAACCAAUCUUCGCGGAUGAUCGGAACCUUGAGGCAAACAUUGACACCGUCAAGGAUUGGUUUUUACCCUUGUUGAUGCAUUUAGUCUUCUUUAUUUAAUAAGUAUUUAUCAGUUGUAGGGUGAUUUAUGUUUUUGUUGUUCAAAAUUGAAAACUCAGGGUUCAAUUUUUCGCUGAUGUAAAUUUUAUGUUUACGUUGAUUUUAUAUAUGUAUAUAUAUUAUAUCACUGGGGGUUUUGUUUCAUACGUUUUAGAACUACCGAGUUUCCACAAAGGCAUUUCGAACCUAAUUCGUUCAUCAUCUUGAUUCGGUUCAUGCAAGUGUGAACUUUGAAUAUAAGAGGGUCUGGAAUUGAUCCCUGCGGUGCGCUGAUACAAAAGUUGACUUGUUUUAUGAAUGAGUAAAGGAAGUGGGUUUUAGACUGUUCCUAGGGGUGCUAAUGGUCGUUUGUAAGGAUUCCUAUUGAAAAUUCUUUGAUAUCAUCUGUUAGUCAUUUCUCGAAUCUUUAAUUUUGCACUGCUUAUUAUCAUCAGUCUUCUUCAGUAUAUCUCUCUUGGGUUCGAGACAGGAAAUCAUUCUUAACCAAAGAUAAGCCUUGUUAGAGAUAUCAGAAUAGCUUCAGGCAACUUUAUAUAAAUUUUGAGUGCUUUAUCGAAAGUUACUGUCAAAUAGUGGUCAGUGCUUUGGUUGAAAUAAUUACUAACAGGAAACUGUCCAAGAGUCAGUGAAAUUAUCCUAUGAAAAGCGUUUCAUACCAUUGAAAUGGCAGGGAAUUUUCUAUCUUUUGUCGUUCAGGAACUAUCAGAAAAAUGAAACCAAUCAAGAUGUCCAUAUCUACGUAUCUAUCGUAUACUUUGUCGAAAAUUAUUAGUGUUUGUACAGUGAGUUAUUCCUCCCCACCUUUUUUAACAAAACUGUGUUAAUCAUUGAUUUAAUUUUUGUAUUUUUACCAACGUUUUCUUCACAGCUGUGUUGGAGUAUCAACAUAUGUGGACAGUAUUUCCUGUGAAAAGAAUUUGAAUGUUGUCCAUUCUGAAUCCUUAGUUUUGAUGCUGUCAAGAGAGUAUGCAUCAGUUGGAAUGUCUACAUUGAGUUGAAUAUUGAGAACUGCCUUUAAAAAGCAAAUAGACCAUUGACAUUCAUUGAGUUCCCCAAUAUUCAGUCUUACAUUGCUGCUGUUUCUAGACUUACUCAUAAAUUCAUAAAAAUGUAUCCCACUUCUGACACCAUUUUUUACAUUUUUUGGAGAUAUUCGAAUGAAUUGACCUGCAAUAUAACACCUUAAUACUUAUUUCACAAUUACUGUAUUGCUCCUCACUUAUGUAGUUAGAAAUUUCAAUAUAUUGAAUUAUAAAUGGCAGGGUUAACCCUGUAAUACACUGGACAAUUAGGCUGUUCUUAUAUUUCUUUCACUUACUGGGCUUAUUUAACCCUUUAAUUGCAUUUUAAUUGUACUGGCACUAUUCAUUAGAAUACAUUUAUUAUAUCACUGCCUGACAGUUCUGAAAAUUUUUCCUAUAUACUAUCGACCACAAAUAGAUAAGGAAUCUAGUCCUUAUAUGUUUUGGGUUCAAAAUAUCUUGGUUUUUCUGAUGUCUUGCAUUGUUUUCUUAUCUUCCCUUGUCAUCAGCUGUCAAAUAUUGCAAAUAUUUGCCUUGUUGGAAUGCCUUCAAAUCCACUGCUUUACAUCUGCUACACAUGGGCUUUAAAUAUGGCCCUGAAACUGAUCCGUGGGCGACUCUCGAUAUGUUUGUGUGGAAACUCGGUUCGUUCACACCUGAAACCAAUUUUUCAUCUAUCAUGGAGGGCCAUCGAAAGAAAGGUCUUUUUAUGCUUGCAUAAUGUUUGACCGUUAGUGCCUGAAGUCUGACAACAGAAAAAGUUUAAGUUCCAGCAAUAACUGUUUUAGCUUAGCUUUCGUAGGUUGUCGUUGGAGGUGACACACAAAUUUUUCGUUGUGCUGACGGUUUUUUGUACUUACCAUAUUUUGAAUUAGUGAAUCUGAUGAGUAUUUGCUUUCCAAUACAAAAGUGGCACAAAAUAAAAAUGAAAAGUUGAAAUAAUCAAAAGCUUCAAGAAGUCUGUUGUCAUUAUGCGGUAGCAGGAAUAACCGAUUUAUGUAUUCAUUGAAACAAAAUAUUUCACCUCGUUAUGUUUUGACAGCAUUAGGUUUUCAUAUUUUUUUAUCUAGUGGACCUCCCAAUGAAGGUAGUUUUUCAAUAGCGAUUUAACAAGAAAAAACAACAAUACGAAAGCUCUGAAGGGCGGCACAUCAUUUUUAUAACUCUUAUUGGCAGUUGAACUGUUUAAUCAUCAAUAACUCUUUGGUUUUCGGAAAAGUUGGGAUUCUUCAAACUUUAUUUGAUGAUAUUGAAUAAUUACAUCAGGUUUUGUGGAAAGAAGCUCCCUACGCGUUUUUGGGGUAUCAAACAGGUUAUUUAUUGAGAUAUGCCAGGAGAUACAUUGGCCAAAGAAGAUGAGGUGUAGAAUUUCGUUUGAAGAAACACAAUCCUCUCAGAGGAGAUGAAAUGUUUGUCUUUUAUGAAAUUUUGUGACACUAUCAACGAAAGAACAAAACACAAAUAUUCAACAGUUCUGGGUAGGUAGAAGAGUUGGCAUCAGAUUCUUUGUUGAUGCUACAAAUGAAUAAAGAGUUUGCGACUUUUUGGGAGAAAGUGGACUGUAUGAAUUGCUUUUUCAGGUGAUCCCCUAUUGUAAGACUUAUUUGGGAGGACAAUGAAAAUUUUAUGAAUGGCCAUUUUUGAGCUAUUUACAAAAAAUUAAAAUUGCUUGAUAACUCUAAGGUAACCAAACUUAUGCCUUACUGUUUCCGACGUAGCAGUAGUGAGAUCAGCUAAAAAAGUUGUGUCCGAAUAACGCAGAAAGAUUAUUCUACAAAAUGCCACGAAUACAGACACCAAUACAUUAUCGUUAUGUUUUUUUUUUGUGGGAGAUCCAACCAUUCGCUUUGG